UAAUUACGGAUACAUUAUCGAAUUCCUUAGCAUGUGACACGUUUUUAACCACAAUUUAUUCCUUUGUUCAUAAUCAUACGUAAGUCAAAACUACAUCAUCAUAAACUGUGUAUUUCCUCUAUUGGUGUUGGAAGAUUCUACAACAUACGGAUACAGGACCUAUAACUACAAUAUAGCAAACAUUUUUUUUUCUGUGCUUGUGAAAUCAAAUCGGUGAAACAAAUCGGAUAUUUAAAAAAGACGUAAUGGAAGGGCUUGCCGUGGUCUUAUCCACAUUGCUAUUCCUCCAGUCAGCAUUUGCACGUGAGGUCUGUUACGAUGGUUUGGGCUGCUUCGACGACUCGGCCUCGUGCCAUUCGCUUCGCUUCCCUCCCGAAUCUCCGGCCGAGGUCAACACCCAGUUCUUCCUCUACACCCGGUCGAAUCAAGCCCAGGACCACUACCAGCUCCUCGACCGCAGCGACGACGGGAACCUGAUGGCGUCACUCUUCGAUGGCCGACUCCAGACAAAGUUCAUCAUCCAUGGCUUCACCGAUACAAUUUUUUCAGAUUACUUCCAGGCAAUAAAAAACUCACUCCUAAAUAAGGAGCCUAUGAACGUAAUCAUGGUGGAUUGGAAUGACGGGGCUAUCGGAGGCUACAAUCUUUGCCGUCAAAACACGAGGGUGGUUGGCCGAGAGAUAGCAAUGUUGGCACGUGCCCUUAACAGAGUUCAUGGGGCAGAUUUCGGUGACAUGCAUCUUAUUGGCCACAGCCUGGGAGCUCAUACAGCCGGUUACGCAGGGGCCUUCCAAUCCGGAUUAGGUCGUAUUACUGGUCUUGACCCAGCUGGCCCAUCCUUCCGUGGUGUUGAUCCAGAGUGUAGAUUGGAUCCCUCUGACGCCCUCUUCGUUGAUAACAUUCACACAGAUACUCAUGAAAUUCUUGGAAUGGGCAUCCUCGAACCGGUCGGGCACAUCGAUUUCUACCCGAACGGAGGCGACGACAUGCCCGGAUGUCCCUUGCUUCGUGAAGUCGCUUGCGAUCACUUUCGGUCAGUCUACUACUUUGAGGAGAGUAUCAGGUCAACAGAUUGCACUUUUACCGCGUACCCAUGCGGUUCGUGGAAUCAGUACCAAGUUGGUCUUUGCACCCGAUGUGGGCUGUCUGGCUGCCCGGAGAUGGGCUACAACGCGGACCAGAGCACUGCCACUGGGUCGUUCUAUCUGGAAACUAACGACAAGGAUACUUACUGCAAGCAAUAAUUUGUCCCGACUGAGACCAUCAAAUGGGUACUGGAAAAUCAUAAUCAUCUAGUUUACAAUCCUUGAACCCACUCCUUCCAAAAAAUGAAUAAAUGCGUCUGUACAUUCAUAUCAAAGGUGAGCAAAAAAUCAUUGUAUUGGACCUCUAUCCUUUGUUACAAAAAGAAAUAGAUAUUAUAGAAAAGAGAAAGAAGAGAGGUUAUAAUUUUUUUAAGUGACUUAAGAAUUACCAGAAAGGAAAGGAGCUUUAAUGAGAGGCAAAUCCGCUUUUUUUUGCACCAAGAUGACUUGUAUUGCUUUUUAUUUACCUUUGAAAACAUGAAUUUGCAUUGCAUUUUAUGAGGUUUAU